GUUGUGAAUGCACGUGUUUUCGCUUCAACUCACCUGGGCGAAACCCAAAAACCAAAGCAAACCACAAAACACACAUCAAAUAUACAAUAUUCAAAUACGAAAACACAGUGUUGUGCAUCAUACAAUAUAUGAUAUUUAAAAAAAAAAAACAUCAAAACAAAACACAAACAAAUUUUUUUUAAGUAAUAUUUUUUACAAGUGUCCCGAAAACUAAAAAUCAAGAACCUAAAAAGUGUUUGAGAACCCAAAAUAACUGGAGAAAAACAUCAAUUUCUCAACAAGAUUUUUUUGGAAACUGUGGAAAAAAAACACAGUUUGUUAAAAAAGAAUUUCGAAAACUCAAAAAACCCUGCUGAAAGGCAAUAUUUUUAAAAACAUUUUUUCUCAAGUGCUCAGAACAAAAAUAAUAUACAAUCAAAAAGCGAACCACCAAAUAAAAACCAAAAUUUCCAAUUGACUAUUUUGACUUAGAAAACCGAAAAACUGGCAAUAGACAUGAAGAGGGCCAAACAAAAGUUGACUUGAGCUCGGCUCAUGACAAAAUCAAAACUGAAAUUAAACAAUUUUUUUUUUUUUUACCACAGUGGACGAGCGGCGAACAAACAUACACACACAAUUGGAUUAGUGUUUUGUUUAUUUCGGACUCACUGUGACUGUCCCUCGUCCACCCAUUAAAACCAAAAUCAAAAUAAAAAAAAAUACGCCGCCUCCUUAAAUUCGUCGCAUGUCGCCGUCGCGUUUCGUUUGAUCGAUCGAAAAUCGCUAACCGUUUAUCGUUAAUCGUCAUUCGUCAAUCGCCAAUCAUCCGAUAAUCCAUCAUGCCGAAGAUUUUCCUGAUCAAAAAUCGCCUGCAUCAGCAGCAACAGCGUUUGCUUGAAUCGCAGAACUUGCUGCAGCACAAAAAUCAGGAUGAUGAGCGCCUGGUGCCGCCCCUCAGUCCGAGUCCGAGUGGGAGUGGCAGCGCCCCCUCGCCCACGCCCACCGCCCAACCACCGCCGCCGGAACCGCAAGGUCAAGGGCAACAACAGGUGCUCGGACAGGUGCCCGAUGCGGAUCAACAGCCGCUGAGCCUCACUCGCAAAAGAUUCCACCACCGUCGCCACUACUUCGGACAAUCGCGCCACAGUCUCGAUCAGCUCAAUCAAAGCCUCAAUCAAAAUGCAAGCCCCAAUCAAUCACAAUAUCCUGCAGAAUUGGAAGUCGAACGCGCCACGGGCCAAGUUCAAAAUGAAAACUUUGCAGCCGAAUUGCUGCAGCGUUUAACACCACAUACCACCACCACCACUACUGCAACUGCACAAAAUAAUAUUGUUAACCCUAUAGCGCCUGGUAAGGGCGAUAACUUGGUCAACACUAGUAAAGCCACCACCUCCGUUUUAGCCACAAAAGACUGCACAAUCGAAAAUUCCCCAAUAAGCAUACCAAAAAAUCAGCAAGAAGAGGAAGAGACAGAAGAAGAAGAGCAGGCAAAGAAGAGAGUGGAAGGGGAAGAAGAAGCGACGGUAGUCGUUGCAGAAGAAGAAAGCAAAGAGGAGGACAAGCAAGUGGCGGUCGAGGCAGAGGCGGAGGAGGAGGAGGACGACGAAGUGGAUGUGGGCGUAGAGGCGCCACGCCCCCGUUUCUAUAAUACCGGCGUUGUCUUAACUCAGGCCCAACGCAAAGAGUAUCCCCAGGAGCCAAAGGAUUUAUCCUUAACCCUUACCAACGCCCUCGCCCAAUCCUCGCCAGCUUCACCACCACCGCCACCGAAUCAUCCGCACAGUGACUCGGAUUCCGAUUCCGAUUCGGAUGGCGGCUGCAAGCUAAUCGUUGACGAGAAGCCCCCAUUGCCGGUUAUCAAGCCUAUAUCUCUGCGCCUGCGCAGCACACCGCCGCCAGCGGAUCAGCGCCCCAGUCCGCCGCCUCCGCGAGAUCCGGCGCCCGCCGUUCGCUGCUCGGUGAUCCAGAGGGCACCGCAAGCCAGCCGGCCUGGAUACCUCUUGCCGCCCCUCGAUCAACUGGGUCCGGAGCAACAGGAGCCCAUCGAUUAUCACGUGCCCAAGCGGCGUAGCCCCUCGUACGACUCCGAUGAGGAGCUGAACGCCCGGAGGCUGGAGAGAGCGCGUCAGGUGCGCGAAGCACGACGCAGGAGUACCAUUUUGGCUGCCCGCGUCCUCUUGGCCCAAUCGCAAAGGCUAAAUCCCCGUUUGGUGCGCUCGCUGCCUGGCAUUUUGGCCGCUGCCGCCGGACACGGACGCAAUAGUAGCAGUUCUAGCGGUGCCGCCGGUCAGGGCUUUCAAUCCUCCGGAUUUGGCAGCCAGAACAGCGGUAGCGGUUCAUCCAGUGGCAAUCAGAACUCGGGCAGCGGUGCUGGUUCACCCGGAUCCGGUGCCGGAGGCGGUGGUGGCAUGGGCGGCGGUCGCGACGGCCGAGGGAACUACGGACCCAAUUCACCGCCAACGGGGGCAUUGCCUCCGUUCUACGAGAGCCUCAAGAGCGGCCAACAGAGCACGGCCAGCAAUAAUACGGGCCAGAGUCCCGGCGCCAAUCACUCGCAUUUCAACGGGAAUCCAGCGAAUUUCUUGCAAAACGCCGCAGCGGCAGCGUACAUAAUGUCAGCUGGUUCUGGGGGAGCAGGUGGAGUAGGAGGAGGUGGCUCUGGAAACGGAGCUGGAGGAGCCGGCUCGGGUGGAGCAUCGGCAAACAGUGGUGGUGGUGGCGGCGGCAGCAAUGGUUACAUCAAUUGUGGCAGUGUUGGUGGUCCAAACAAUAAUCUCGACGGUAAUAAUCUAUUGAACUUCGCCGGUGUUUCUAACUAUAACGACUCCAAUUCCAAAUUCCAUAAUCACCAUCAUCAUCAUCAUCACAACAACAACAACAAUAAUAACAACAACAACAAUGGUGGUCAACCUUCGAUGAUGGGUCAUCCCUUUUACGGCGGCAAUCCCUCAGCCUACGGGAUAAUACUGAAGGAUGAGCCGGAUAUUGAGUACGAUGAGGCGAAGAUCGAUAUUGGUACCUUUGCGCAGAACAUAAUCCAGGCAACGAUGGGCAGUUCCGGUCAGUUCAAUGCCAGCGCCUAUGAGGAUGCUAUCAUGUCGGAUUUGGCCAGUUCGGGUCAGUGUCCAAACGGUGCCGUCGAUCCUCUCCAGUUUACGGCCACCCUGAUGUUGAGUUCGCAGACGGAUCAUCUGCUGGAGCAACUGUCCGAUGCCGUGGACCUGAGCUCAUUCCUGCAGCGGAGCUGUGUGGACGAUGAGGAGUCCACCAGUCCGCGGCAGGACUUUGAGCUGGUGUCCACGCCCUCGCUGACGCCGGAUUCGGUGACGCCCGUGGAGCAGCACAAUGCCAAUACAUCCGAGCUGGAUGCCCUGCACGAGAAUCUGUUGACGCAGUUGACCCACAACAUGGCCCGUAAUAGCAGCAAUCAGCAGCAGCAUCCACAUCACCAACAGCACAGUGUGCAGCAGCAACAACAGCAGCAGCAGCAUAAUGUCCAACAGCAGCAGCACAAUGUGCAACAGCAGCACAAUGUACAGCAGCAGCAACAUGGUGUGCAGCAGCAACCACCGCCUUCGUAUCAGCAUGCCACGCGUGGCCUGAUGAUGCAACAGCAGCCGCAGCAUGGCGGCUAUCAGCAGCAGGCUGCCAUGAUGUCGCAGCAGCAGCAGCAAUUGCUCAGCCAGCAGCAACAGUCGCACCAUCAGCAGCAACAGCAGCAGCAACAUGCCGCUGCCUACCAGCAGCACAAUAUGUAUGCCCAGCAGCAGCAGCAACAUCACCAGCAACAGCAGCAGCAGCAACAUCACUUCCACCACCAGCAACAGCAGCAACAACAGUCACACCACUCGCAUCAUCAUGGCCAUGGUCAUGACAACAGCAACAUGUCGCUGCCCUCGCCAACGGCUGCAGCAGCUGCGGCUGCUGCGGCGGCGGCUGCUGCUGCUGCGGCUGCUGCCGCCGCCGCUCACCUGCAGCGACCGAUGAGCAGCAGCAGCAGCUCCGGCGGCACCAACAGCAGCAACAGCAGCGGUGGCAGCAGCAACAGUCCGCUCUUGGACGCAAAUGCUGCCGCGGCAGCAGCAGCUGCCCUGCUGGACACCAAGCCACUCAUCCAAAGCGUAAGUAAUCCAUUAGAUCAACAGCCUAAUACCCAGUCACAGCAGCCAAAGCAGGGAAAACAAAUCACCUUGAUGAAGACCACCAGGUACACUGAGUUUGUGGAGAUGGUGGCUGUGGAUGUGCUGGUCAAGCCAGAGCAAUGCAUUGAAGUCAAGCCAGAAGUGACGGAGAUAGCAACUGAGGAGUUGGCCUUGGAGGCGGAGACACCAGUGGGAGCCCCGGAAACCCCGGGUCCACCACCAGCACCAGCAGCAUCAUCGGGCAGAAAGCUGCGUGGACGGGCCAAGGCGGUGGCCUAUGGCUCGACCAUGAUCACGUUGAUAUCCACGUUGAAAUCCUCGCCAGAAGUGCCGGCCACCAAGACGGUGCACCGCACCACCUUGCGUUCGUUGGCAUCGGCGGCGGCGGCCACUGCAGCGGGAUUGCUGGCGCCAUCGCCCACCGUUUCCGUUUUGAAUGAGAGCAAAGUCUUGCAGCGGCGCUUGGGCUUGCCGCCAGAUCUCCAGCUGGAGUUUGUGAACGGCGGACAUGGCAUUAAGAACCCGCUGGCCGUGGAGAAUGCCCAUGGUGGCCAUCACCGAAUACGCAACAUCGAUUGCAUUGAUGAUCUCAGCAAGCAUGGCCACCACUCGCAGCAGCAGCAACAGCAGCAGCAGCAGCAAGGUUCACCGCAGCAACAGCAGAGUAUGCAGCAAUCGGUGCAGCAGCAACAGCAGCAAUCCCUACAGCAGCAACAGCAGCAGCAGCAGCUGCAUCAGCACCACAGCAACAGCAGUGCAAGCAGCAAUGCCAGCAGUCACGGAUCCGCGGAAGCCCUUUGCAUGGGCUCAUCAUCCGGCGGAGCCAACGAGGACUCGUCCUCCGGCAACAAUAAGUUCGUCUGCCGUGUCUGCAUGAAGACCUUUUCGCUGCAGCGACUGCUCAAUCGGCACAUGAAGUGCCACUCGGACAUCAAGCGCUAUCUGUGCACCUUCUGCGGCAAGGGAUUCAACGACACCUUCGACCUCAAGCGGCACACGCGCACCCACACGGGCGUCCGGCCGUACAAGUGCAACCUGUGCGAGAAGAGCUUCACGCAGCGCUGCUCCCUGGAGUCGCACUGCCAGAAGGUGCACAGCGUGCAGCAUCAGUACGCCUACAAGGAGCGCAGGGCCAAGAUGUACGUGUGCGAGGAGUGCGGCCACACCACCUGCGAACCGGAGGUUCACUACUUGCACCUGAAGAACAACCAUCCGUUCUCGCCGGCGCUGCUCAAGUUCUACGACAAGCGGCACUUUAAGUUCACCAACUCGCAGUUUGCCAACAAUCUGCUCGGCCAGCUGCCCAUGCCAGUCCAUAAUUAGUGGCUGGAUUUUAGUUUUAAGAACGUGAACCUUUUAAGUUAUCCAACAUAUUGUGACUUUGAAGUUUUUUGAAAACUGCCCUUUCCCCCCCUGCAGAGGAUACGGAAUUUUUGGAGAUUAUGCUUAUUAUGUAUAUUUUUGCCUAGCCCUAGGAUUAGUUAUUAUAUCUAGUAGGCUAUUGUAUCGGUAUCGCGUUACCCCUUUUACUUUGCUGUGCAAAUCUCUCUCACUUGAAACUAGAGCCCUUUUGUUUAUAGUUAAUCUUGAAUUUUCGUUUUAUGGUAAUUACUUUUUCUAUUGGAAAACCGCUGCUUAGUCAAAAAGUUAGCGAUGUUUUGAAGAUGCUUUGAGCAACACACAUGAUUUUGGAUUAUCACUAUAAUAUAGGUAUAUUACAAGAGAAUAUAUAUAAAAAAGAUAUAGCUGUAAGAUGUUAAGAGCUACCAACCGAACAAGCUGCAAACGUUUGCAUUUAUUUGUCUUCAACAAAACUAAAAAAAAAAACAAAAAAAAAAGCGAAGGAAAAUGAUCAAGGAUAACAUAUUUAGACACCCCCAACCAUACGCAUAAAUAUUUAUUACUUAAUCACAAACCACAUUGCAAAGAGGCAAAACAUUCAAAUAAUCUAGGCUAGGAUCCAUACAAAAAAACGAAACGUAAACUAAAGCUGUUCAUAAAUGAAGUCAAAGCCCAACAAUAUCCAACGUCUUUUGGAAAUAUCGAUUGCGAAAAUAUAGUUCUUUGAAUAUAUAACUUACAUUAAUCUUAGCUUUAAGGCAAUACCACCAAUUGUACUGAUCUUAAAUGAACAAACACUAAAAAAAAAA